GUCUGCAAAAACGUUACAUCAAAGAGGCAAGUGUAUUUGACUUACCUGUAUUAAAGAAGAUAUGAAAACGCUGGCAAAAACAAAGAAACACAAGCAGCUCAAGCAUCAGUGACUAGAUUUCCAGCAUCCACAACAAUAGCUUUUGUGGCAGCCACAUGACCUUGGGUUGAACUUACAGGGAAUCCUUUUGAAGUUUACAGAUGAUACAAAACUCAGAAAUAUGGAAAACCGUGAAGAGCACAAUAACAGGAAGCAGGCAUGGCAGUUCUGAAAAUGGGGGACAGCAGGUUCACCAGUGUCCAUCCGCAGGCAGUGAUUCCUGUCACCAAGGGGAUGGCCAAAUUGGGAAUGGGUGCCCCUUGCUCCAGCCCAGAGCGAUUAACCCGGAGAGGCUCAAGGACUUUGGGGAGGAUGAGUACCUAGAAAAAGAUGUGAAGACUUGUGAAGUAACCAUUACAGGCCGCACAGAAACACAGCUCGGCAAUGCCCUGAACAUGACAGAGCACAAGACAAACCAGAUCCUCGGGAUGUGCAGCGGGCAAAUCCAAUUUGAGGACAUCAGUGUAGCAGCCUUUAAAAUCUCGAAUGGAAUCCAGAAAACCCCCUGCACAUAUUCCAGACUCUCUAAGCAAUAUGGGAUGGAUCUGUACUUGAAGAAGGAAUAUCUGCACUACACUGGCACUGUGAAAGAGCGAGGGGUAUGGUACUUGCUAACGUCACUAUCAAAGGAACAGCAGAGGAAGGGGGUGAUCUUGGCAUCAGACAACAACUUCUCGAAGGCAAUGGCACACCAUGCCACAGAGCUCCACAUCCCUAUCUUCAUUAUUGUGCCUACCAACACCUCACCAGACAAGGUGAAAACAUGCCGUGAGUACGGAGCCAUGGUGAUUACCUAUGGAAGUAGUGUGCAGGAUUCCCGGAGCCAUGCAAAGAAACUGGCCACUGAGAACGGAUACCUCUAUCUGCAGGAGGAGGACAGCGCACCUUAUUUGGCAGGACUGGGCACCAUGGGGCUCGAGGUUUAUGAGCAGGUAAACAAGCUGGAUGCUGUGAUCCUGCCAGCCGGAGGAGAAUGUAAUCUCCUGGCAGGGGCUGCCGCCCCCAUCAAACAUCUCAAUCCGGGCAUUACUGUCAUCGGUGUGGAGCCUGAGAAUUAUCCGACACUUCAACAAUCCCUUGAGCUGGGAGAGCCUCCAGCAGACUUAGCCUGCACUAGCCACAGAUUAUACGGAGAAUUGGUCAAUGCUUCUUUUGGCAGUAAUGCCUUUCAGAUUACCAAGAAACUCAUAGAUAAGGUUGUUACCGUUAAGGUGGAGGACAUCCUACUUGCCAUCCUUCGCCUCAUCGAGUAUGAGAAGGCCGUAGUGGAUGCUGAGGGAGCUAUUGGCCUUGCUGCUGUGGUUGCUGGGAAGCUACCAGAACUCAAAGGCAAACGUGUGGUCAUUGCUCUGUGCAGUGGCAAUAUAGACAUUCCCCUGCUGCAUCAGUGUCUAGACAGGGCACUAGUGGUGGACAACAGGCUAUGCAAGUUCUCCAUCCAACUGACCGACUGCGCUGGAGAUCUCGCGAAGCUGCUUGAGAUACUUGCUCGUGAAGAAGUGCAGGUGCUGAAUAUUACCCAGGAACGGGCCUUUAUCACAUCAGAUAUCUUCAUUGUUAAGGUUACCUGUGUUAUCAAAGUCCGAGAUAGAAUGCAAGGUGCACAGUUGCAGAGAACCCUGAGUGGUCGCUAUGCUACAUUUACAUGGCUGGACCAAUAAGAAGACUUGAAUAAAUAAAGGAAAAUGUGUUUCAUUGGAAGAACAGAGCGGGUGAAGAAUUUAAUUGAACACAUUAAACAUUUUCAAGUAGUUUAGCAAGCGUAUUGCUCUUAUGCUGCCUGUUACAGAAGAUUUUUCAAGAUGGUACCAUCAAGACCAGCGAUCACUCCGUUAGGACUCACUCAAAUUUUAAACUUGAGCACAUCCACCAAAUGAGUGUUGCACUGUCAGAUGUGCCAUCUUUUGCA